AUGCAAAAACGAACAAGUGAAGCUGAGACAUGGGAUCUACACUUCUGGCUGGGUGAAAAUGCAACUACCGAUGAAAUGGGGACAGCAGCUAUAACAGCUGUAGAGAUAGACGACGCCUUGGGUGGGCAUCCUGUCCAGCAUCGAGAAGUCCAAAAGCAUGAAUCCUCUCUGUUUCUUUCUUACUUCCCAUAUGGAAUCCGGUAUCUGAAUGGAGGCUAUGACUCUGGAUACCACCACGUUGAGGACAUCUUCGACAACUUUGAGCCGCGCUUAUACCAUUGCAAGGGUAAAAGGAAUGUUCGCUGCUCACAGGUUCAGUUCCCUGUCAUCAUUAACUAA